CCCGCAGAUCAGACCGCAUCCCGUCCACCGCUGCAGGACCCGGAUCGACCGGAGGAUUCUGCAGGUAUGAGUCUGAGCAACGACCUAUUGGAGCUGUUGGAGUUGUGGGCGGAGCUAAACCUGACAGCCGGUGACCAUGGCAACCUGUCGUCGGUAGAGAUGCUGCGAUGCUCGGGCGCCGUCAGUCACGCCACGCUGCUGCACUUCCUGUCUGUGCUGCUGGUCCUCAUCUUCCUGUCGGGCGCCGCCGCUAACGUGCUGCUGCUGUGGGAGCGGGGGGGGCGGGAGGAGCGGCUGUACGUGGUGCAGCUGGCGGCGGCUGAUCUGAGCGUGCUCGCCACGCUGCCGGUGUGGGUGGCGUCGCUGCAGCGGGGGGGGCGCUGGCCGUUUGGCGAGCGACUGUGUCAGCUGACUCACUUCAUCUUCAGCGUGAAUCUGUUCAGCAGCAUCUUCUUCCUCACCUGUAUGAGCGCCGACCACUUCCUGUCCGCCACGCUCGCCCCCGCUGCCGGGCGCAGACGGCGCCGGCUAGCUUGCGCGGCGGUGUGGCUGCUGGCGCUGGCGGCUUCCGUCCCUGACACCUACUUCCUGCGGGCGGUGAGUGUGGGCGACGGCGCCGUGUGCCGGCCGGUGUUCCCGCCCCGCAGCGCUCGGUUCUGGGCGGCGGCGCUGCAGCUGAGCUUCGUGCUGCUCGGCUUCGUGUUGCCGCUGCUCGUCAUCGUUGCGUCCUUGCUGCCGCCGGCCGGCGUGCUGCGGUCCGGCCGGCGUGCGGCGCGUGCGUACGUAUCAGCGCUGGUGGUGUGCUGGCUGCCGUAUCACGCCACGCUGCUGCUGGACACCGUCACGCUGCUCCGCCUCGUCACCUUCAGCUGCCGGCUGGAGGACUUCCUGGACGUUGCGCUCCACCUGACGCAGGUGUGCUCGCUGCUCCACUGCGUGGUUAGCCCUGCCCUCUACCUGAUGCUCCGCCCACGCAGCCGUGACGUCAUCAGUCACGUCUUCUUCAGGUACUCCGCCAAGACCGGCCUCGCCAGGCUCGGUCACGCCUCCGACAGCCAAUUGGAGCUCACCGCUGAACAGGACAGAAACACAUCACCACCCAGACGCUGCCUUACGGUUCUCCUCUCAGUCGGUUCUCCUCUGAGCCCCUACGGUUCUCCUCUGAGUCGGUUCUCCUCUGAGUCCCUACGGUUCUCCUCUCAGUCUCCUACGGUUCUCCUCUCAGUCCCUACGGUUCUCCUCUCAGUCUCCUACGGUUCUCCUCUCAGUCCCUACGGUUCUCCUCUGAGUCGGUUCUCCUCUCAGUCCCCUACGCCCCUACGGUUCUCCUCUGAGUCGGUUCUCCUCUCAGUCCCCUACGGUUCUCCUCUCAGUCCCUACGGUUCUCCUCUGAGUCGGUUCUCCUCUCAGUCUCCUACGGUUCUCCUCUCAGUCCCUACGGUUCUCCUCGGAUUCUCCUCUCAGUCCCUUAAGGUUCUCCUCUCAGUCCUUACGGUUCUCCUCUCAGUCCCUACGGUUCUCCUCUCAGUCCCUUACGGUUCUCCUCUGAGUCCCUUACGGUUCUCCUCUCAGUCCUUACGGUUCUCCUCUCAGUCCCUACGGUUCUCCUCUCAGUCCCUUAAGUCCCUACGGUUCUCCUCUGAGUCCCUUACGGUUCUCCUCUCAGUCCCCUAUGGUUCUCCUCUGAGUCCCUACGGUUCUCCUCUGAGUCCUUUACGGUUCUCCUCUGAGUCCCUACGGUUCUCCUCUGAGUCCCUACGGUUCUCCUCUGAGUCCCUACGGUUCUCCUCUCAGUCCUUACGGUUCUCCUCUCAGUCCCUACGGUUCUCCUCUCAGUCCCUUAAGUCCCUACGGUUCUCCUCUGAGUCCCUUACGGUUCUCCUCUCAGUCCCCUAUGGUUCUCCUCUGAGUCCCUACGGUUCUCCUCUGAGUCCUUUACGGUUCUCCUCUGAGUCCCUACGGUUCUCCUCUGAGUCCCUACGGUUCUCCUCUGAGUCCUUUACGGUUCUCCUCUGA